ACAAUGGGAAGUGCCAUUCUUUGGUGGAGCAGCUUCUCUGUCAGACUGGUGUCUGUCUGCUUGCUGUGUGCAUCAGCUGGAAAGCAAUGUCAGAUCCGAAAUGAAAUGGCUGACUGCAGUCACCUGAAGCUGACUCAAAUUCCUUCUGAUCUCCCAGACAAUAUAACGGGUUUGGACAUCUCUCAUAAUCAGCUAAGAGAGCUUGGUCCUGCAAAUCUGACCAAGUACAGCCAGCUGGUUUACUUGAAUGCAGGCUACAACAGCAUCUCUAAACUGCAACCAGAACUGUGCCAAAAUGUGCCCCUGUUGCAGAUUCUGAAGUUAGGACAUAAUGAACUGUAUAAGCUCCCUGAAAGAGCCUUUGCUUCCUGCACCAACCUGACUGAGCUCUAUCUAGGAUACAACAGAAUAUAUAUAAAAAAUGAACCUUUCAAAACCCUGGAGAACCUGAGGACUUUGGACCUCUCCCAUAAUUCUUUGAAGUCAGCAAGCUUAGGAUUGCAGCAGCAGUUGAAGAACCUUCGUGAGCUCAUGCUUAAUAGAAAUCAAAUCACUGUGUUAAAAAGGGAAGACUUCAGUUUUCUUAGCAACACCUCAUUGAAUAGACUUGAUGUGUCAUCAAAUCCAUUGAAAGAGUUUCACAGAGGAUGUUUCCAUGCAAUUGGAGAUCUGUUUGGCCUCAUACUCAAUGACGUUGAACUCGGUGAAAAUCACACAAAGAAACUUUGUAUGGAAUUAUCAAAUACAACAAUUCAGAACCUCUCACUGAGCCAUGUGAAGCUUUCAUAUGUUGGCAAGUCAACCUUCCAGGGACUCCAUGGAACAAAUCUUACAGUUUUAAACCUUUCCCAAAAUUCUCUGUCUCUGAUUGAAGAUGACUCAUUUCAGUGGCUUUCAAGUUUGCAAUACUUAAGCCUGAAGCAUAAUAACAUUCAUGUAUCUUCACGUUUGUUCUACGGCUUAACCAGCCUCAAACAUCUGGAUCUGACAAAUUCAGUUACUGGGAAAAUUGAAGAUUUUUCAUUUAGUUGGUUAUCCCACCUGGAGUACCUUGUAAUGGAUAAUAACAAUUUUCCAGGAAUUACCACUAAUACGUUCACAGGCCUGAACAAACUGAAACACCUGAGUCUCUGUAACUGCAACAUAAACUUACAAAGGAUAACAAAACAAACAUUUUCAUCACUUGCUAAUUCCAGUUUGCAAGUUCUCAACCUCACGAAAACACGAAUCUCAACAAUAGGAAGUGGAGCUUUUUCCUCCUUGGCACACUUGAAAGUUCUUCAUCUUGGUCUCAAUGAAAUUAGUCAAGAGCUCACAGGUCAUGAGUUUAAAGGUCUCACUAAUAUCAAAGAUAUUUAUCUUUCCUAUAAUAAAAACUUGACUUUGCAAAGUGAAUCAUUCAUUUUUACCCCAAGCCUUAGAAAACUGAUGCUGAGGAAAGUAGGUUGCAGUAACCUGGCAAUUUCCCCUUCACCUUUUCAUCCUCUACAAAAUCUGACUGUCCUGGACAUCAGCAAUAACAAUAUAGCAAACGUAAGAGAAGACUUGUUUGAUGGACUUCACAAACUUUAUAUUCUGGAUUUGCAGCACAAUAAUUUAGCCCGACUUUGGAAACAUGCAAAUCCAGGUGGCCCUGUUAAUUUUUUAAAACAUCUUUCCAACUUGCAUAUUCUUAAUUUAAAAUCAAAUGGGCUUGAUGAGAUCCCAGUUCAGGCUUUCAAGGGUCUGUUUCAAUUAAAAAACCUGGAUUUAGGCUCAAACAAUUUGAAUUUGCUUCCAGCAACUCUGUUUGCUGACCAAGCCUCUCUGAAGUCAUUGAACCUUCAGAAAAAUCUGAUAACCUCAGUCGAAGAAAAAGUGUUUGGCCCAGUUUUCAAGAGCUUGAGAAUACUGGAGAUGGAUUCCAAUCCAUUUGACUGUACCUGUGAAAGCAUUGCUUGGUUUGCUGAUUGGCUUAAUGUGACCCAAGCAAAGAUACCUGGAUUGAGGUCUCAGUACAUUUGCAACACUCCACCUAAAUAUCACAGUAACCUGGUGCUGCAUUUUGAUAGCUCAGCCUGCAAAGACAGUGCUCCAUUUAAACUUCUGUUUGUGAUCACUACCACCAUUGUGAUGCUAGUAAUUUCUGUUCUUAUCAUCCAUUUUGAAGGGUGGAGAAUAACUUUUUACUGGAAUAUUUUAGUAAAUCGAAUACUUGGUUUUAAAGGACUUGACCGAAAACAGGAAAAUUUUUAUUUUGAUGCCUAAGUUAUUCAUGCAGAACAGGACAAGAAGUGGGUGUCUAAGAAUUUCAUUUCUCUGGAAAAAAAUAACCACUUUCAAAUUAAGUUUUGUUUAGAAGAACGAGACUUUGAAGCAGGCAUACCUGAAUUUGAAGCCAUAAUUAACAGUAUGAGAAUGAGCAGAAAGACUAUUUUUGUUGUGACUGAACACCUCUUAGAGGAUCCCUGGUGCAAAAAUUUUAAGGUGUAUCAUGCUCUUCAGCAAGCUAUCGAACAAAGUCGAGACUCCAUUAUAUUGAUCUUUCUUCAUGAUAUCCAAGAUUAUCGAUUAUAUCAUGCACUUCACCUGAGAAGAGGAAUGUUCAAGUCUCGUUGCAUCUUGAACUGGCCAGUCCAGAAAGAACGAAUUGGUGCAUUUCAUCAGCAAUUACUGAUAGCACUUAAAUCUAAUAGUUAAGUGCAUUGA